UAGCUGCUACUGUUCAGCCGGCACCCCGGGCUUGUCACAGAACUGCUCCAGGAGCCAGGACACGCCGCCACUGGAAUCCCUAACUCCGCCAGGCAGGACCCCUGCUUCUCAGAGCUCGCCUGCUCGUGCGCUGCGGGGACCCCGGACUGCCAGCUAGCUGAGCAAGUUUGCAGGAAGGUGACCCCGGCCGGCCACCCCGCCCUCCCUUACAGGGGCUCACCGGGGCUCCCUGCAGUUUCCUCACCCCCCCCCAAGCCCACGACGCCGCGAGAGGACUGGGUGGAGGGGCACGAGCAGAACAGGGGCGAAAUCCCCAAGUCUCCGUGGGGACUUUCCCCCCCCCGCACUCCCCCUACACCGUCAGCCACUUUCGUCUGUCCCCCUUAGGCUUGGCAGGACCUCUACUCUCCGGCCCCAGAAGAUGAGUGGCACAGAGAAGGAUCCGGAUUUGGACCAAAGGGGGGACCCGGGCCCUGAGCCCGCGGAGAGCCCCCAGGUCGAGUUUGACUUCUCCAUCCUAUUCGAUUAUGAGUAUAUGAACCCUGUAGAAGAAGAACCGACUCCACAUAAUAUCGUCAGCCCACCCUCUGGAUGUCCUGAUGAUGUCCUGGAUUAUGGCCUCAAGCCAUACACCCCCCCUCCUAGUAACUCUGCAGAUCCCAUGGGCAAAUACGGACAGCCAGAUAGCAUAGGGUCAAAAUGCUACCUAGACCCUGCAAAGCAUGUAGGGGCCUCGGCUUUGAGUCCUAGGAUCGAGAUCACUCCAUCCCAUGAACUGAUACAGUCGGGUGGGUCCUUCCGCAUCAGAGACACAGAUCUUUUGCUAGAGCAACAGCCCAACUCCGUCACUGCUAGCCCAAGGUUUACUCUGCCGGUCCCUGGCUUUGAGGGCUACCGGGAUCCGCCUUGCUUGAGCCCCGCUAGUAGCGGCUCGUCUGCAAGUUUCAUUUCAGAGACCAAUUUCUCUCCCUACACAUCACCGUGUGUCUCGCCCAAUAAUGGCCCUAGUGACGACCUUUGUCCACAAUUACAAAACAUCCAUACUCAUUAUUCUCCUAGAACCUCUCCAAUAAUGUCACCACGAACAAGCAUCACAGAGGAAACCUACUUGGGACGACACUCACCCUCGCCCCGUCCCAACUCCAGGUCUUCAUCACCCGGUGCGAAGCGAAGGUACUCUUGUGCUGAGCUCUUCACUACUCAGCUGCCCUCGGCCUCUCCACACCAGUCUAGGACCCCCUCUCCACAGGCUUCGCCCAACGUCUCGCUGAGGGAAGACGGACUUUCAGUCACUUGCACCCAGUUGCCCAACUCUACCAUCCUUAUGGACACCAUGAGCAACCUCACCACAGAUCCCCCUUGUGGCAUCCCUUCCAAGAUGUGGAAAACCAGCCCUGACCCAUCACCAGUUCCCUCCCAAAAAACCAGCAUGCCUCGGCAUGCCAUCUAUUCCAAUGUAGAUUAUCUUGGCCCUUGUGAGCAGGAGGAGAGGAGAAAUUCAGCUCCGGAGUCGAUUUUAUUGGUGCCCCCAACUUGGCCAAAGCAACUGGUUCCUGCCAUUCCUAUCUGCAGCAUCCCGGUGACUGCGUCCCUUCCACCUCUUGAGUGGCCCCUUUCCAAUCAGUCAGGGUCCUAUGAACUGAGGAUUGAAGUGCAGCCAAAGCCCCAUCAUCGGGCACACUACGAGACAGAGGGCAGUCGAGGGGCUGUCAAAGCUCCCACAGGAGGUCAUCCUGUGGUCCAGCUUCAUGGUUACAUGGAGAACAAACCUCUGGGCCUUCAGAUCUUCAUUGGGACAGCAGAUGAAAGGAUACUUAAGCCACAUGCGUUCUAUCAAGUCCACCGAAUCACAGGGAAAACAGUCACCACGACCAGCUAUGAGAAAAUUGUGGGCAACACCAAAGUACUGGAAAUCCCAUUGGAACCGAAAAACAACAUGAAAGCAACCAUCGACUGCGCUGGGAUCCUGAAACUUAGGAAUGCAGAUAUUGAGUUGCGGAAAGGAGAGACAGACAUUGGGAGAAAGAAUACACGGGUGCGCCUAGUUUUCCGUGUGCACAUCCCAGAAUCCAGCGGGAGGAUUGUCUCUCUGCAAGCUGCAUCCAAUCCCAUUGAGUGCUCCCAAAGAUCUGCACAUGAGCUGCCCAUGGUUGAAAGGCAAGAUAUUGAUAGUUGCCUGGUUUAUGGAGGACAACAGAUGAUCCUCACUGGCCAGAAUUUUACAGCAGAAUCUAAAGUUGUAUUUACUGAAAAGACAACAGAUGGGCAACAAAUUUGGGAGAUGGAAGCCACAGUGGAUAAAGAUAAGAGCCAGCCUAGUAUGCUUUUUGUUGAAAUACCCGAGUAUCGGAACAAACAUAUCCGCACACCUGUGAAGGUGAACUUCUAUGUCAUCAAUGGGAAAAGAAAAAGAAGCCAACCUCAACAUUUUACUUACCAUCCAGUUCCAUCCAUCAAAACAGAACCCAUUGAUGAAUAUGAUCCUGCCUUAAUCUGCAAUACAGUGCACAGUGCCUUGGGAACAGUAACACAGCCUUACUAUUCACAACACACAAUGGCCACUGAGUCCCCUUCCUGUCUUGUGGCCACUAUGGCAUCGUGCCAACAGUUCCGCUCAGGUUUAUCUUCUCCCGACUCUCGGUACCAACAACAGAAUUCAACAGCUGUAAUAUACCAGAGGAGCAAGAGCUUGAGCCCCAGCCUCUUGGGCUACCAGCAGCCCGCCUUGAUGGCCUCCUCCAUCUCCAUUUCAGAUGCUCACCGAUCAGUGCUCAUGCAUGCUGGCUCUCCAGGCCAGAAUUCGGCUCUGCUCCACCAGUCUCCAACCAAUCAGCAGUCUCCUCCAGUGAUUCACUAUUCUCCAACCAAUCAGCAGGUGAGGUGUGGAACCCACCAAGAAUUCCAACACAUCAUGUGCUGUGAAAAUUUUACAUCCAGUGCUGCCCGACCCAAUCCACCCCAAGUCAGCCAAGCACAGAGGAUAAGUCCAAGCUCCUAUCCUACGGUAAUUCAGCAGCAGAAUGCUACAAGUCAACGAGCUGCUAAAAAUGGACCACCAGUUAAUGACCAAAAGGAAGUAUUACCAGCAGGAGUGACUAUUAAGCAGGAACAGAACCUGGACCAGGCCUAUUUGGAUGAUGAGCUGAUAGAUACACACCUUAGCUGGAUACAAAACAUAAUAUGAAACAGAAUGACUGUGAUCUUUGAUACGAGAAUUCAAAGUUGAAGUUAAUGAAAUUAUCAGGAAGGAAUUUUCUGGAUUUCCUGCCAAAAAUCAGACGUAGAAGAAGUGAUUAGCAAGACAACAUUUAUUGAAUGCUUCCGUAACUGGCCUCUUGGACCCUUCUACUGCCCCUACCUACCACCUUCUGUUUCCUUUACUAUUCACCUCAAGGCCUGGAUUCAACAUGACGAACAAUGUAUUGGCAUAAAGCUGACUUUCUUGAUUAAGGAGCUCGCCACCUUUCUCUGUAAACAUCAGAAGGGACAGUCUUCCUUUCCCCCCCCCCCCAAGAUCAUUUUGUUUGACCUUAAUCAUGUAUCAACCACAUACUGUGUUGCCUGCUGAAAAAAAAAAAAGAAUGAAAGGAAUAUUGAAAACACUCUACUGGAAGUCUCCACUGAAGCAAGCGACAUUAGCCGGGACAGAGAGCGGGAGGGAGGAGGAGAAGGGAAAAUGGAGACAGCAUGCACUUUGAUGCAAAAUUAAACCCCAGCACUUCCAUUCAUUUUUCUAGGGCAGAGCUCCUGUGCCUUUUGAAGGAAAGGAGUACUGAGAACACCCAACCCAAAGGAAAAUGGUUAAAGUUUCCAGCACCACAGCCUGAAGAACCCAAAGCGCACUGGGGGAAAAUGGAGAAGAUGGAACUUGACUCUUCUUUCGUAGGGUUGCUCUAUUCCCUGCUGUCACUGGGAACUAUCCAAAGUUUAUUUUUCAUUUUCUCAUUCUCGAGUGAAGCCGUCUGGCCAAUUUGAGGGCCACUAUCAGAUAUUCUUGGUUUCAAGGUGUGCCGUUUGUAAAUGUUCAUUACUUUUUUUUUUCUUAUGCUUCUCAAGCCAACAAGAAGUUAAAGAUUGAAUUUCCUUGGCUGCCUGAUCAGUAACCCAUGCAUGAAGUCUGGUGCUAACAUGUAGUUUUAAUAUACAGGAGAAUGUUAACUGAAAUAAGUAGGCUAUAUAUAGUAUUUCUCUCUCACCUACAGUUUUACAUCUUACUGGCUUUCAAGUGCUUGCUCUUCAUUUUAUCAGUGAGAUUGCUUUUCACAAAAUAGUAAAAAUCUCAAGCAUGUGCAAUGAAUAUAGAGUCCUGUGGAAGGGACAAGACAACAUGGGUCAAUGGCAAAAAAAAAAAAAAGAAAUAGGUAUCUUGUUAAUUAAGAUGAUAUUAAAUAAGACAAUCAAUAUUCUUAAGUGCUUUUAUAGGUUUGUGGUUUGUAUUUUUUGUUUUGUUUUGUUUAGUCCACAGGUUAAAAGCCUUUUCUGUGAGGUAUGAAAUAGUUAGGCUUCCUGAAUUACAAGGCAGAGAUGACAGUGCCACAUGACUCCAAAUUCAAAGCCAGAGAGGGUUGACUCUUAUCAUAGGGGACAGUCUGUUCUCAAGGAGAAAACCAAAACCAUUCCUGAACGUAUCGGUUCUCCCUAACUUUUAGGCCUUUGAAGUUAGGUAGUGUAUUCAUAAUCCUAAGAAAUCCAAAUGACAUUUCAGUUUGGUACAGAUUCUAGAGGUUGGUUUGUCUCCCUCCUUUAGGAUACUUCAGUAAUAAACAGGUGGACUGGCAUGCUUAUGUAGAAAAGCCAGAGCCUUGGCCUCAGAGAGCUUGCUAUUUGUAUACUGACUCCAUCCUUUCAUGUGAACCUGCAACAAGUAGCUUUGGAGAAUGCCAGGUUCAGAGAAGCAUCAGUCAGUGGAGGCAACAAGGGAGACUGAUUGGGGGUGGAGGCCUGGCCUAGAACUCUGGCUUAGCCACUAACUUGUCUGACUUUUGUCCCUCCCCCUUUCUGGACCUCGGUUUCCUUAUCUGUAAAAUGAGGGGAUUGGAGUCAGUGAUCUCACACUAACAGGUUAUGAUUCUAACAAUAUGAACAACUUUAAAAGCCCCAGAAUUCUGUUCAUAUGAAGUUUACUGGUGUUUGGACCUGAGCUCAUUUUAGGUUACUCUUGCGCUAGAAACCCCAGCUUUAAAGAAAUACCUGCAUUCACUGCUUAACAGGGGAGUCUUCUUGUAGGAGAAAACCCAGUCAAAUUAAAGUUCUUUGGCUUGAAUUUUCUUUGCAAUGAAAAGCACUUUUUUUUAAAGAACUGUUUAUUGCGACUGAAUGUGCAGUAACAAUGGUGCCAUGCAAAUAGCACCCCCAGAUCAUGCAGUUUUUGUAAAGAACGAAUCAGAGCCUACAUAAGAAGUGCUAGACAGGCUCUAUUUUUCAUCAAGUACUUCUUCUUGCAUCUAAGAAGAACACAAAAAUUGUGCUUGUAAUGCUGCCACAGCCAAUCAGUUCUUUUCAGAGGUAAGAUCAAUGUUGCUGCCCCAAUGUUAGACCAACUAGUAGAGGGAAAUCAAGCCUUAGACACGGAGUUGGACCACAUGGCCUCCAAGGGUGCUUCCAACUGAGACUUUCGAAUGUGAGAACUCUUAAGUACUCUUCAAAGGUGAUCUGGAAGCUGGCUUCUCAGACUAGUUUGCCAUGACAGAGACCCAGGGGAAGAGCUCAAUGGUGAUAGUCAUAGAGGCUCAACCCACCUUUGCUUUUUCAAGCAUAUUUCCAUUUGCACAACCCAAAGUCAGUUUCCUGAGUUUCUGAGAACAGGCCUUGAUGGGACUUAUUUCCCUUCCAUAUUUUAUAAAUAAAUAAUAUCUAUAUGCAAGUCUCUUACCUGAGGGGUUAAUUCACACAGUCCUUUAGAGUCAGCCUUACCUAAUAUAAAGCUUUGCUGAUAUGUAACCAUACAAUCAAUAUUCAUAUUCUUUCGCCCACAACAGUGGGGAUCCCAAGAUGAAUACAUAGUUCCUUUUAAUUUUAAACCAAAUAAGAGCAUUAAGAAAUAUAGUAAUGCUAAAAUGCUUCCAGUUAGAUUAAAUUAUUCAUGUUUUUGCCACUCAGUGUUUCUCAUGAUAAGGAAAUCUCUCUGUAGAAAUAGGAGGUUCACCUUGGAAGAGUUAAUAGCAUUUGGUGAGUAAUCUCUUCUCACUUAAUCUGGACGAUAGCCACAUUUGCACAGGAGGGAAUUCUCUCUUUCCUCAGUUAUCUGAAUGUUUUACCAAAGUGCCUUCCUGUCAUUGUAGCAAAGUCUCUCAACUUCAUUGUCCACAGGGUGAACAAGACUAAUGCAUUUUCCAUCAAUCUUGUACCAUGCUUAUGAAACAGCUCUUUGGUGUAACCAAAGAUUCUUGUCAUUCUUUCUCUUUCUCAGUUUUUAAAAAAUUAUUCCUUCUUUUCUCCAAUAUAAACUUAGCCACAGAUUGCAGGGUGGGCUUCCAUAAACAACUGUACCAAAUACUUAACUACCGGAAACAAAACUAUUGGUCUUAGAACAUAAACAGGCAGAAAAAAAAGUGGAAUAGGAGCUGACAGUUAUCAGGAAAGUCAUGUCAGAUACAAAUGAUAGGAGGAAAGUUUGCCAAGGGAGUAAUUGUUCAUGAAAUAUUUUCAGUACAGAAAGAAGCAGUUUAACUUCUCAGAAUAGACAGGACUAUAGAAGCUGAAGAGCAGGAAUGAGAGGGGUCUAUUGCAUGUGGAUAGAAAGAAUGUAGUCAAGUCAGGGUUUGCACUCGCUUUAUCAGACUUUGUAAAUAUGUAAUCACUUCCAUUCUUCUGAUAGAAAUGUACCAUUUUUCUGAAUGUAGGAUAUUUCUAAAGAUAGCACUAUUAUUCUGUAUUAUAUAAAAAUGCUGCUGCUUGAUAAUAUAUCUAAGACAGUUCUCAAAAUUAGCCGGCAUGUUAUUAAAUUUUUAUUUUGUUAUCUGUAUUUUUUUAAAGUUCCUGUGCCUUUAUCCACCCCUUUUCCCCAAUAUUACACCCCUUUUGGGUUAGAAAUAUUUAUAAAUGGUUGGAGAUUUAUCAAAUGUCUUAUUUUUUCUACAUAGUUGUUGGUGAAUUUUUUUCCUGAGAAAUAAUUUUGAUUAUUGGAUAAAUAUUCCAAAUAUUCAAAGCCUGAUUUUUCAGUUACCCCCCUCUCUCUUCUGGAAGAGAGCAUUUUCACAGAAAGUAGAAAUACAUUGGACAGCAGCUAUUUUGUUCUUAUAAGUGAUACUAAAUUCAGCCUGGGAUUAAGAUGUCAUCAUGACCUCAGCUGUUUGGAGUUUGGCUUCCAGUUUUCAGGAAGACUGUCACAACUGUAGGGUGAAUAUUUUGUGCUCUUCUCUGGUGGUAGAGAAAACUGUAUUUACAAAGUGUCUACAUUUUGGGGGGGGGAACCCCCCAAAACAAAACAAUCUGGGGUAGGAUGUAGACUUAAUGCUUCCAUUUUCAUAAUGGAUUUCAGAAAGAGUUAAAAAUGGCUUAACUGGAAUAAGUCAAGGGAUUGGCUAAUCAUGAGCUGCUGGUGUAGACAAUUAAAAGAGACCACUGGGAUGUCCAAAGCCUUCCUGGUGUAGAUGUAACUUAGAAGGACUAACUCCGUUAGUCCUCUGUAGGGGAUGGGAUAAUUUAUAUUGGUCCCAGCGACCUGCAUUUUACAAAGCAUUUAUCUUGAGGCUGAAGCACUGGGCAGUUCAGGAACUGUUGAGUUUUGACAUUAAUAAUACUUAAUCUACUUUGUAGGACUGGGGUGAGGCUGAAUUUAUCUUUAUUUCAAAUUGAAAAGCACUUUAUAAGUGCUUUGAAAAGGAAUCAUUAAAAUCUCUUUAUUCAGUCCAAAUUUGUAAGGGGUGCCCUGUAACUUCCUUGAAUUGACAAACCUCCCCUGAUACUGAAAGAUUCUUGUCUGUGGCCCUCUUUAGCAGGUAAAAAAGACAGAAACUCAAACUCAUAAGUUUCUGGUUCCAUUAUAGGCUUUCAGUGUCAAGUGCCACAGACCCCAAUUAGUCAACAUUCACAGAAUAUUUUCACCUACAAAUGGUCUAAAACAUAGUUGGGUUGUUAAUAUUCUAGGACCCCAGUUUUAGAGGUGAAUCCAAAAAGCUGUUUUUCUCUUCUAUAUCAUAGGAGACCUAAGCUUGUUAUAAUCAUCAGACUCUACUUAAGCGGCAGUAUAAACUUUGCUUGCAUACAUCCCCCAGCCAACUGUGCCUAACCAACCUUACCGAAAAUGAAAAAAGCAAAGCUACUGGCUGGUUGUGGAAGCAGGUCCAAGAGGCUACUGAGAUACUCCCGAGGACAUCCGAGGUUUCCCCAGGGUUUGACCACCCCCUUCCUUUCUUGGUCUGAGGAGGCAACAACUGGGAAAAUCCAACCCAGCUAUUUAAGUGGUUUGGGCUUGACCAGAAUGAUCCUAUUUGCAUAGCAAGGCUGGCCACCGUGGAUGGUAUAGUGAAGUGUCUGUGUUCAUAAGCUACAGAUCUGAAUCUGAAUAUCAGAGCUGUUGUCCAGAGGGGGUUCUCACUCUGUGGUCUACAUAGCAGCCUUCUCCUACCACAGUUUUACUCAUGGGUAAAAUAUUCCCAGUUUGGACCUGCCGAGUAACAGCCUCUGUGGAUUCAUUUAACAAUGGUUUUUCUAGUAGUUCUAAAGCAGUGCCUUUUUGAAGUGCCAAGGAAGGCUAAGGUUUGGAAAAUGCUAACUUUUCAAAGGGGUUCCAAUCUGCCACAUUCCUAUGCAAAACAUUUUUAACCUCCAAUAUAAUGUAGUUUAUUUUUGCUAUCUGUAAAAUAUUUUUAUAUAGCUUGUAUUGUGAUAGUUCGGCAAUAAAACAAAAGAUAACUGCUA